GUGGCUAUACAUUUAUAUGUAUAUGUAUAUGCAUAUGUAUAUGUACAUACGUAUACGCAUGAGGAAGUUGCACUGAUUGGAUAAAAGGAUUCGAGGAACGACAGAUAAAUAGUGUAAAAGUUUACAUCUACAGUAGUGCACUCAUAGCUGUAGGCGGUGUUACUGGGAAUCGUUGUGUUUAACCUAAAAAAUGGCGGCUAAUAUUAGUGGAGUUUUCACUGAAAAGUUACAAAAUGCAAUACUUCAAAGUAAAAUACUCAUUGUAGGUGCUGGUGGAAUUGGAUGUGAAAUAUUAAAAAAUCUUGUUAUGACAGGAUUCACCAAUAUUGAAAUUAUUGAUUUAGAUACAAUUGAUGUUAGUAAUUUAAACAGACAAUUUUUAUUUCAAAAGAAACAUGUGGGGAAAUCUAAAGCUGAUGUUGCAAAAGAGACAGCAUUAACAUUUAAUCCUGAUGCAAAAAUAGUUCAUUAUCAUGACAGUAUUACAAAUUCUGAUUAUGGAGUGUCAUUUUUUAAAAAAUUUACAUUAGUUAUGAAUGCACUUGAUAAUAGAGCAGCUAGAAAUCAUGUAAAUAGAAUGUGUUUAGCAGCAGAUGUACCAUUAAUUGAGUCUGGUACAGCUGGUUAUGAAGGUCAAGUAGAACUUAUAAAGAAAGGAUUAAGUCAAUGUUAUGAAUGUACACCAAAAGCUACACAGAAAACUUUCCCUGGUUGUACAAUUCGUAAUACACCUAGUGAACCAAUUCAUUGCAUAGUAUGGGCAAAACAUUUGUUUAAUCAGUUAUUUGGUGAAGAAGAUCCUGAUCAAGAUGUGUCUCCAGAUACUGCUGAUCCAGAAGCAGCAGACUCUGCAGGUCAAGGUGCUCUAAAUUCAGAAUCAAAUGAAAAGGGAAAUGUUGAUAGAAUAUCAACUAGAAUUUGGGCACAAUCGUGUAAUUAUGAUCCAGAAAAAUUAUUUACAAAAUUUUUUCAUGACGAUAUAAAAUAUUUACUAAGUAUGGAUAAUUUGUGGAAGAAAAGAAGAUCACCUACUCCUUUAUGUUGGAAAGAACUACCAGAUGGAGUACCAGGAUGUAGUAAAGAAAUAAAUGAACCUGGCUUAAAAGAUCAACAACGGUGGAGUAUUUCCAAAUGUGGAACAAUAUUUGCUGAAUCAGUCAAAAAUUUAAGCAAUAUAUUGAAAACUUCAGAAGAAAAGUUAUCAAAUAAUCAUCUAAUUUGGGAUAAAGAUGAUCAAUAUUCAAUGGAUUUUGUUGCUGCAUGUACCAAUAUAAGAGCUUAUAUUUUUGGUAUACCACAAAAAACAAGGUUUGAUAUAAAAUCAAUGGCAGGAAAUAUAAUUCCUGCAAUCGCAACUACAAAUGCAAUAGUUGCUGGCCUAGUUGUGCUGCAUGCAUUCCGUAUUCUUGAAAAUAAUUUAAAAGCGUGUAAAUCGGUAUAUUUACGUUCGAAAAUGAAUCAUCGCAAUCAAUUACUGGUACCAGAGAAAAAUGUUAAUCCACCAAAUCCAAAAUGUUAUGUAUGUGCACCUACACCACAAGCCAUACUAGCAAUUGAUACAUCCAAAACAACAAUCAAAGAAUUAGACGAAGUAGUAUUAAAAAAUAGAUUAAACAUGAUUGCCCCAGAUGUUAUGAUAGAUGGUACUGGUAAUGUUGUUAUCAGCAGCGAGGAAGGAGAAACUGAAGAGAAUAAUGAUAAAAUUUUGGAAGAAUUAGGAAUUAAAGAUGGUACUAUUCUUAAGGUUGAUGAUUUUCAACAAAAUUAUUCAUUAACUGUAACCAUAGUCUAUAGAGAACGGCCAAGUUUAAAAGAUGAUAGUCCUGAUUUCCUUAUCCUUGCUGAUGAGAAAGAUCUUAGACCAAAAGAUGAUAAUGAUUUGAUAAAACCAUCUACUUCAAAUGGUCAGGUGGAAUCAUCCGAUGAUAAUGUAAUGGUUGUGGAGACUGAAAUUGUUUCAUCAGUUAUGACAAAGAAACGUAAAACCGAAUCUCCUAAGGAAUCUAUAUCUUCAAAGAAACGAAAAUUAGAUAUAGACACAGAUGAUGAUAUUUCUAUUAUCGAAAAUGAUACAAAUGAUAAUAGUGGUAAUACAAAAUCAAAUUCUAAAAUACAUAAGAAUUCAGAUGACGAUGAUUGUUUAAUUGUACAUGAUGAUAUGCAAACUGCUGCAACUUUGCAGUGA